UACACAAUGCUGAUUGAAAAGACGCAGUAUACUACGUUAAAAUAAUUACUACAAUACACGUGGUAAAAUAACCUACACGCUGCCAGCGUUUCACCAGAAACAUACAGUACGAAGGAAACGUCAGCGUCUGAAUUUUAGUUCCUACUGUACCUCCCAACCUUUAAGGGAAACAUGGCGUCUAGAUGUUACAAAGUAUAGCAUUUCCUUAAAAUUGGAUUUAGUGAUUUCUAGUAUUACAAGGCAACUAAUUUGGAAAGUCGGAAAAGUCACUGCUACCGGUGCAUUUAAAAUACGUGUUGUUAUAACUGAUACAGUAUUUCUGAUCGGGAUGGUUUCGUAAUAAGGCAUAGUAACAUAAACACAAACAAAAAUGAUACCUGUAUGUAUAUCGGCUACACAAAACGCAUAUUAUAAACAGCUUUUUCGUUCUAAGCAUGUGACAGUCUUUGGGGAUCUCCUUUUGCGCAGAAGAAUUGUCCAGCAUAACUUCAAGUGGAAGAGAGCCACACAUAGCAAAUACGAAAUUGAAGAAGGAGCAAGAGGUCUUCCUGUUGUCCAUCACAGUAAAUAUGUUUGUGAUCUUCCACCCAAUCACAGAUUUCCAAUGAGAAAAUUUCCCAAGGUCCUGAACUUUCUUCUUAAAGAUCAAAUAAUAACAGAUAAACAGGUGUGCAUCCCCGAACCGGUGUCUCAAGAGGCUCUCUGCCGUGUGCACACAGAGGAGUAUGUGGAAAACUUCAUAACUGGGAAGACCAGCCAGAAGGAACAGAAAAGGACUGGAUUUGUCUGGAGUAAAGGCAUAGUACAUCGCUGCUUAUAUGAAACAGGUGGCACACUACUCGCGGCCGAGAUUGCACUCCAAAGAGGACUGGCCAGCAGCACGGCGGGGGGCACUCACCAUGCCUUCCCCAGCUUUGGUGCAGGAUACUGUCUCCUCAAUGACCUGGCGGUAGCGGCCAAGCAGUGGAUGGACAGCUCUCACCCCAAGAGGAAGAUCCUCAUCGUUGACCUGGAUGUGCACCAGGGAGAUGGCACUGCUUAUAUCUUCAGAGAUGAGCCAGGUGUUUUCACUUUUUCUGUGCAUUGUGGGAAGAACUUUCCGGUUCAGAAACAACAGAGUGACCUGGAUAUUAGCAUUGACGAAGGAAUGAUGGAUAAAGAUUACCUCAAUACAGUCGAGACACAUCUCCCCUGGGUGCUGGAGAGUUUUCGUCCCGAUGUGGUGCUCUACGAUGCUGGUGUUGACCCCCACAGAGAGGAUGAAUUGGGGAAACUUGGCUUAACAGAUGAGGGACUGUAUCAGAGGGACAUGUAUGUUAUUGAUGCUGUUGUAAGGAGGGGCAUUCCCAUUGCCACAGUUAUUGGUGGAGGUUAUUCCAGAGACAUUGAUAGACUGGCUCUCAGACAUACUAUAGUCCACAGAGCUGCUGUAAAGGUGUGGGAAACCAGGGGGUUGUGACUACAAUGUGUGAUCAUUCCAGUUGUUCCACAGAAAAAGAUGUAUAAUGUCUGCCUACUUGAAGACCUUUUAUAUUUUUCUUAUUCUGGAUGAAAACAUUUUUGUAUUUGCAUUGAAGUUUUGUAAAAGAUGAGGAAACACUGACAAACAUACUAAUGUACAUGGACAAUUAAGUUAGAAAACAUCAGUAUGUUCUAUGAGACAAAUUGCUGAUACUCAAAAGUUGCAUUAUUAAUGCAUGCAAUAAGUGCAUUUUAUUUUACAAGACAAAUAUACGAUUAUUUUAAAUUAAAUUCAGUUAAUUUUAUGGAAACCAUGUCAUUAUUAUGCCUUUUUACUGUUAAGAAGUGUUUCUGUGCUGUCAAGAGACAUGUUGUGAAUUCUCUUCUAUAAUUUUCACAUAGGGGUCAUAUUAUUAAGGGUAAUUAUGCAUGUUGCUUUUUUCUUCAACUUGAAUGUUUACAUACUGUUAUAAACGGGGGGUUAUGAACAUUGAGAAAGAACAUCAGGAAAUGACCGAGCGGAUUAAUCAAAAAGUAAAUUAAAUAAUCAUAACUCCCAACUUGUACUGUAAAUGAUUUCUGCCAAGAAUAUACCUAAGAAUACCACAUUAA